UCCUCUCCAGAUACUAUGAGCGGUGGUGUCUACGGCGGAGACGAGGUAGGUGCUAUCAUUUUCGACGUCGGACACCAGAGCCUUCGGGUUGGUUAUGGCGGUGAGGACACGCCGAAAGCUGAAAUUCCGACCACCCUCGGUGUAUGGGAGGACACCGCCGACACCACCGACACCAACCAGACCGCGAAGAAGCAGUACAACAUCGAUGUCACGGCCAUUCAAGUGCGAAAGAAGGAUAUGGAGAUAGUUAGUUUGAUGAAGGAUGGAAUGAUCGAAGACUGGGACAUGUUCGAGCGUCUAACGGAGUACACCUACAAGCAACGUCUGCACGCGUUCCCCGAACACCAUCCUAUUUUGAUGACCGAGUGUCCGUGGAACACCAGACUGAAACGUGAAAAGUUACUAGAGUUGAUGUUCGAGAAAUUCAGCGUACCGGCUAUGUACAUCUGUAAAAACGCGGUUCUGGCGGCUUACGCGAAUGGAAGAUCGACCGCCAUGGUGGUUGACAGCGGAGCGACUCACACGAGCGCGGUUCCGGUGCACGACGGUUAUGUCAUCACGCAGGGAAUCGUGAAAAGUCCGUUGGGCGGUGAUUUUAUCACGAUGCAAUGUAGGCAAUUUUUCGAAGAGAAGGACGUCGAGCUUUUACCUGCCUGUUUGGUCGCCAGUAAAGAUGUGGUUCGCGAGAGAGAUCCACCACGCUGGAUAAGAAGACCAGGUCCCCAGCCAACCUCUUCCUGGUUAAGCUACAUGGUCCGAGAAUUACUGCAAGACUUCCAAAUGAACUGUCUCCAAGUAUCAGACAGUCCGUACGACGAAGACAUAGCGAAUACUCUACCAAUGAAACACUACGAGUUUCCAACUGGGUACAACGACGAUUAUAGUUCGAUCAGACUGAUGAUACCGGAAGCACUGUUCGAUCCGAGCAACGUGAAGGGCGUAGGCGCCAGUAUCCUCGGUGUUGGACCACUCGUCACGACGAGCGUCGGCAUGUGUGACAUGGACAUCAGACCUAGUUUGUACGGAAGCGUGGUGGUUACCGGUGGUAAUUCCUGCCUGCAAGGUUUUAGCGAAAGACUGAACCGUGAUUUAGCCAGUAAAACUCCUCCAAGCAUGAGACUAAAAAUAAUUAGCGCGAACAGCUCAAGUGAGCGUCGCUACGGUGCCUGGAUCGGAGGAUCGAUCCUUAGCUCCCUCGGAUCCUUCCAGCAGAUGUGGUUGUCGCGGCAAGAGUACGAGGAAUCGGGUAAACUGAUUCUGGAGCGAUGCGCGUGA